GGUAGCCCCUGCCGGCCGCCGCGCAUGCGCACCUCACAAACCAUGUUUGUUUUUAUGAAGAUUUGCCGCGAAGAUGAUCUUAAUUAAUGGAAGUAACAGUCCACUGUCAUACGAGAGACCAGCACCGGUGUUCAUCACUGAACACAGACCAUUGUCCACCAAGAAGUCUCGUGGCACACCCAAGUUUGCCCAGCCUCCAAGAGCUCCAGUGAAAAGCUGCCCGGUUACGAGAAUUUUCCCACGGGUAAACGACACAGAUCGUCCUCAGGCCGUGUCUUUCCGUGAGGACACUGACACGUCUUUCAUUGUGCAAAGUCCAUUUUACAAGGCUGAGAAAUCUGCACUAUAUUUUGAACAAUGCUAUGUAAUAGAAGAGAGACUUGGAGCAGGUUCAUUUGGAGAAGUAUUUCGUGUUCGGAGCAAAGAGGAUGGGAAAUUAUAUGCUUGCAAGAGGACACUACUUAAAUUUCGGGGGGAAGGAGACAGACGUGGGGAAGCAUGGGGAGUCAUUUGGGAGCAAAAAAUUUACAAAAAUAAACAGUAUAUUAUUCAACCUACCAAUGAACAUAAGAGUAGGCAAGUAAAAUAUGUGAUGUCAACACCAUUUGAUAUUCAGUUUAUUAAUUUUAUUACAAUUUCUCAGGGCCCAGUGCAUGAGGCCGUGGAAGGUGAUCCAAAAUAUUUAGCUCCAGAGCUGAUGAAUCUACAGUUUGGGCCUCCUGCUGAUAUCUUUAGCCUGGGUAUGACCAUUUUGGAGUUGGCAACAGAUCUAGAUUUGCCCAAACAAGGAGAUGCCUGGCAGCAGCUGAGGCAGGGAAGACUUCCUCCUGCAGCCUAUCCGUAUGUCAUGGGUUUAUCCAAGGACUUACAGUCAGUGCUGACAGGCUUCCUCCAGCCCAACCCACAAGAAAGACUCACAGCAGAACAAGCUCUUGCUCUUCCUCCUAUCAAGAGAGUUCUUUAUCACAAAACUAUCAAAGACUACUGUCGAAAAUCGAUUAUGAAAGCUAAGAACACAUUAAUGCAGACAUGGCUGUACCUGGUGGUAUUCCUUAGCUUCCUAGCACAACCUCUCAAAUGUCUGCAAAAAAGUAAAGCUUCUGAGGACUUGCCAAACCUCUCAAGAAUAAACAAUUCUGAUUCUGACUUCACAGCUGGAUUUUCUGAUGAUGAUGGCAUUGAUGACCAGAGUCUAGCACAACCCUUAAGUGACAUAUCAACCUCAAGUAGUGAAGCCAAUCAAUACACUCGCAAGCCAUUUGGUAACUCUACACCCAUUGGAUAUCAAUUCAAGAAGCAAACAGAUUUUAUCACUGUGUCACCCACCAUCAGAAAUAGCCUAAAUGCUAGCCUAAAUGUGGGCGAAAGUCCAUCUUUUCUUCACCGGCGAAGUGUUCACUCAAGAUCAGGAAGACAGUUUGGUCAACAUGUGAACGUGAGUGGGAGUCUCAGUGUGCCAUGUACGCCCAGCCCGAAGAUUCCUGUAGAUGAGGAGCCUUUGUCUUCCUUUAACCUUACAUCAAGGAACCUGAUGGAUUUGUUCAAUGCUGCAGAGUCUGAUGACGAUGAUUGAUUUUUCAGUAACUUUUCAGAGUCUGGGUUAAUAUGGGAAAAGAGAACAUUAUUUAAUUGUUGUGAAAGAAGUUUUCUCUUGUAUAUAACACAGAAGAACAGUAAUAUUGAUAAUCAUACAUUAAGGAAACAAAAAAAAAAAAAAAGUUUGGGGUAAGUCAUUCUUUAAUACAUAGUGACUCUGGGUAUAAAGAAAUAAGAUGUAUUUAUUUUAAUGACUUGUUUUGUUUAAGGGAUAAACAUUACAAAUCAGAGUGUUCGCACUUGUCAAUCCAUAAUUAUAAGAGGCCAUUAUGCAAAAUCUUGGAGCUCAGUGAUGUGGCCUGUGGAGUGUAGCGUUUCUACUAAACUAAUGAAUUAACAUAGCGACAGUUUUUUUUGAGACUUGUGACAUGGUAUAUUUCAAACAUAUAACUGACCUCGAAAACUAUUAAGUGGAUAAUUUAAAUAUAAAUUGGUUCCUUUUAUAUUUAAGAGUUAGAAAUGUCUGACUCACGGUGCAAUUGAGAAGCCUCCCACUCCACUGUUGUUAACAUAAAACGUUCUAAUAAAAAUAAAAUAAUUAACAUUUGCAAUGAAGGACAGUAAAAAUCAGUAGUUAUAAAUUUAGCAAACAUUUGUGUUGACUUAGCAAGAUUUUAUUGUAACAUGGCAUAACUGAUAUUUAGAAUUGGAUUCUGUAGUUACAUGUGAACAAUAGAUUAAUUUGUAAUAUGCACUAUUUUUAUAUCUGAUACAACCAGAGGAUAUUUAUAUUUUACUAAAUUUUGUAUUAUUGUACAUUAUGUAGUGCCUCGGAUUACUUGUGUACAUAUGUAUACCCUAAAUAUAUUUGAAAUAUAGGAUUAGUUAAAAAAUAAGGUCCAGAGAAGCACCUCAGAAUGUGCAUUUUAAUAUGGCAGCCCAGCAUUAAAGGAAGCUGAAGCAGCUUACCAACAGUAACACUGGUCAAAAAUCACUUGAGUGGAUCACAGUGUUUAAUAUCAUUGUAAAUGCUUUUGAUAAGAGUAACUUGUAAUGGCAGUUGUUUCUUGUUCCUUGAAGGCUAUGAGCCAAAGGGUUAAUGAUACUUUGCAGAAAGCUGGAUUAUGAUGAUCAAGGGUCAGAAGUUUCAUGGAAUAAAUGCAGUGUAUUGUAAACUUCCCAUUGUGGUAGUCAUGAUCACAAGAUGUAUGCAUUCUCAAAUUGAAGCAUUUAGGGGAGAUGAGUGGGUGUAUCCUGCAGUCCUAGCACAGUAUGUAUUAAUGUUCAACAAAAGUGAGGUUUUCAUACAUGGGUAAUAGAACUUCUGUAAUAUUCAGAAAACUUAGUUAAAAUUAAGCCCUUGUGGCUUUGCGCUUCUUUUUGAUUAUAAUAAUAAUAAUAGUUAAAAUUAAAAAAAAAAAGUCUCCUAAAAAUGUGAAUAUUAAAUAUAGUUGGGAUUACCAGACACAAGAACAUCCCUCGCUCUUCUUUGUUGGUGCAAUGAGACGCGAGAUGAUAAAGUUGCGUUACACACUAAGCAUCUAUAUACAUUACAGCUGAAUUGUACUAAUGCUUUUUGCAAUGUGUUCAUUUGGUUCAAGAGCAAAUAACCUAUAUAAAUAAUUUGCAUGAGGUAGUCAAGAUAUUGCUUAACCCUUCAACUGUCCAAACGUAGAUGUACGUUUUCACUCAUAGCGCUCCGACCUUGAUUUUCUCCAUAAGAAAGCCUGUAAAAACAAAAUGUAGAUCUACGUUCAGAGCGCUACGCGAGUGAACGUAGAUCUACAUUUGGACAGUUUAAGGGUUAAUAGCAUGGGGACAGGACUAAGGGACUACUUUGAGAAAUGAGUAGAAAAAAUGGGUGUGAAGAUAAGGGCAAGUUAAUAGUUGCAAUACAUGCAGUUUUACGUGUACAAAUAGAUUUACUCCAGCACAAUACAAUGUUUUUAAACCAAGAAUAUACUGUAUAUUUAUUUUAUGUGGAGUAUAUCACUGAUUAUAAAAAUCUUACAAAGCAGUCCAUUAUGUGUGCUUCCAGUUGCAUAAUAAUUUUACUAAACUGAUCUCAUGUUCAUAGUGUAAGUAUGGUAGAAAUAGAAGUUGACGAGCUACAGUAGCAGGUGUCUUACCUGGUGGUAAGUUCUUCUAUGCUUAAGGUAUACAGGUUGUGCAAUGUGUGAAAACAAUCUAUAACUGAAUAAUAUCUAUGCAGAUGUA